GAAGGAGCAGAGAGAAAUCAGCAACACUGGAAAAGAGAAGAAGAAGCAGAAGGAGGAGAAAGAGUGAGAGGAGAAGAAGGCUUUUUUAAACACCUUGAUUGUUUGGAGUACCUGAGGACUACACACACACACACACACACACACACACACACACACACACACAAGCUCACACACACACACACACACUCCUGACUGAUGCUCCUGCUUUAUGGACCGACACCUCCUCCACCUCCACCUCCAGCUCUGCACAUAGGAGACCGGCCUCUGUGACCAGACAUGCAUUUCUUCUACGUGGGCGACCACAGGUGGGCGACCAUGUUGGGUCAGAGUGUGCGGUUACAGCCGGUGCCCAUCCAGAGCCUGUCGGAGCUGGAGCGAGCCCGGCUGCAGGAAGUGGCCCUGUACCACCUGGAGGAGAGGGACCUGGACUUCAAGAUCAGCAUCCCGAGAGAAACACACAAACGGCGAAAAUCUCUACGCAGGAAGUUUGACUCCUUUUCAAAGGAGAAGAAAGAGCGAGAAUCUGCCCCCAAGGCGUUCGGCAUCCCCCUCUCCCAGGUCAUCGCCAACGACCGGGCCUACAAGCUGCGGCAGGACGCCCUGAAGGAGAGCAGGCGAGACUGUCUGGACCUGGAGGCCAGCGUCCUGCGCUUCAGGGCCGAGAAGAGGCAGUUCUUCAACGGGAACAAGCCGCUGGUCAGCUCCUCCUCCAUCACAGGAGGCGUUCCCUGCUCACCGUCCGCUAACUCGGUGGCACCGGCGCCCUUUUUUGAGAUGCAGAACAAACCGAUGUCGCCCACGUUUCUGGACAACACAGGCCGAGGACAGAGGAGGGGCGGUCUGUCGGUGGACUCCAUCUCCGACCUCGUAGAGAGUCAGUCCCGCCUGCUGGAGGCGCUGCAGCUCUCUCACCCGGCCGAGCUGGAGCUGAUCAAGUCGCCGGGCGGAGGCGGCUCGUCGGACGGGAGAACCCAGACCAAGCUCAGCUUAAACCCCAUCUACAGACAGGUGCCCCGGGUUCUGGAGAGGUGCUGCAAUCACAUCGAGACCUACGGUCUUCAGACGGUGGGGAUUUUCCGAGUUGGUAGCUCUAAGAAGAGAGUGAGACAGCUGCUGGAGGACUUCGACAGAGGGGUGGACGUCCAGCUGGACGAGGAGCACAGCGUCCACGACGUGGCGGCGCUGCUCAAAGAGUUCCUCAGAGACAUUCCUGAUCCUCUGCUGCCAAGAGAGCUCUACCCGGCCUUCCUGCACGCCAACUUGCUGAGAGGAGCCGACCAGCUUCAGUACCUUCAGCACCUCCUCUACCUGCUGCCUCCCUGUAACUGUGACACUCUGCUGCGCCUCCUCAGCCUGCUGCACACGGUGCAGAGCUACGCCCAGGACAGCGUAGGCACCAACGACGAGGAGAUCCCCGGUAACAAGAUGACGGCUGCCAACCUGGCGGUGAUCUUUGGGCCCAACCUGCUGCAGAAGGAGAGAGGAGGAGACAUCAGUCCUCUCUCGAUGGGCAUCGAGGACAGCACGUCCAUCAUCAGCGUGACUCUGGUGCUCGUUCAGAACCACAAGAGGCUCUUCACGGUGUCUGCAGAGAUGCAGCAGGAGGUCCUGAUGAGUCUGAUCCAGACCGACCCGGACAUCAUCGACUAUCUACUGCGUAGGAAACUCAGCGGCAGUCAUCUGACGGUGGAGAGCAGCAGUGAGUCGGGGGGUCGUCGGGAUACAGGUGCGUCUCUGGACUCAGUAGGAGCCUCUAGUGGGAGUUUGUCACCGUUGGAGCCCCCCUCGCCGCUUUUCCCGCCGGAUGGCAACGGCGGCGAGGGCAGCCUGACCAGCGAGGUCUUCCUCAACGUCCUAAAACUGAACCAGAACCGGAAACGUCAGGAGACGAGAUACGGUGAAAUCCCUUCAGGGAAAUCCAUCCGCCACAUGCGUCAGUUCCACUCCCACCACAACCUGCUCAGCCUGGCCCAGCCCUCCACCUCCAGACUGAACCAGGACCAGGACCCCCAGGACCGCAGGGGCCCGCUGGGCUCCGCGCUGAGCUUCACGCUUGGCGGCGGCGGCGGCAGCUGCUCCAGUCUGAGCGGGUCGACGGAGAGCAGCAUCUGGGUGAGACAGACGCCGCAGGACGAGAGCAAACCGACGCCGGCCUCCAACUUCUGGGACUUUUUCACCGGGAAAGGGUCGAGCUCAGAGACGAUGGUAUGAAGAAAUUGGCCCCAAUGUCCUGUUACAUUAACAACAGACAGCUGUUGAUUUAAAACACAAAAGUUAAGUUUCUUUAUAAGGUAAAUAAUUACUUUGCAGCACUUCCAACAGGACUCAAUUUCCAACUUGAACUUUGGACUUUAAGGGAAGCACACUGUUGCAGAAUGUCCAACUUUUCUGGCAUCACUGGAUGCAGCAUGUGUAUGAUUGUGUAAUCGAAAACACAGAAGAAGAAGAAGAAGAAGAAGAAGAAGAAGAAGAAGAAGAAGAAGAAGAAGAAGAAGAAGAAGGAAAUGUCACAUAAAUACACAAAAAACAUUAAAAAAAAAAUUGUGUCGGAAAACGUUGCAACUUUUCAGUACAUGAAGAAAAAGAGAAUAAAUAACUCUGUUUAUGAGAUUAAAUGACAGUAAUAAGUGGAUGCAGUAAUAAUUGAGAUGUUCAUAAUGUGUACAUGAUGUAAUUUUACACACACGACCCUGAAUACGUACAGUAGAACUGCAUAACUAUGUGUAGCUGCAUGGACACUUUUUUAUCCAUACCAUACCAGACUCCAUUUUUGUUUCUGUUGUUUUCCAGUAACCUGCAAUAAACUGCAUUAACUGUAAAUAUAUAAUCUACCAUCCAACUAUGGAACAUUGAGAUAAAACACCUGAUGGCAUCUCAGCGGAAAAUAAACAAAUAUAUUAGAACCAGAACUCUGCUAAGCUACAUUUUUUGUUUCUAGGUUUUCAUUUCAACAGCAUUUACGUCACUAUAUCUCGACGCGUGUUAUGAGCUUCACUUUGAAAUACAGUCAUGGAAAUGCAGUUGAAACAAAUAUUACAUUUAACUCAAAAUCAUCCACUUUUAGACCAUAUUUACUUCUGUUUUUACAAACCACCACAUCACAUUCUUACUGCGGAAGUGCAUCUGUGUGAGGGAAAACUCUCUUAUUUCUCCCUAAAUAUAUCUAUCAAUCUUCAAAUUGCUUGUUUUUGUCAGACCAAUACUCCAUAACCAGGGAAGACUUGGCAAUUUUGCUUCAUAAAAGACUAUUAACGAUAAAUUGAUUAUCAAUAUUUUACCAUCUGAGGGGCAUUUGAUCUGUUUUUGACACCUCAGUGGGAAACAAUCGCUCGCUACUUGGUCCUGGAUUGCAUUUGCCAACUCUCAAAAUCAAGUUUUACCACCAGGAAGUUGCCCUCAAACAUCUGAGAGAAGUGUCAAAUACCAUGUAUCAUAUUUUAAAAGGUCCCUGUGGCCUGAAUUCAUACUACAUUAUACUGUUUAUGUUAUGUUCUGCUUGUUCAACCAGAAUUAAGAUGCAUUGCUUUGCUGUAUUUUAAGGAGCUCUGCAUGACUUAUGCACUGCAGAAAUGUGGACUUUGGAGGAUCCAGACACAGAAUUUGAACACAGCAGCGUCGAUGGAAAACGCAUUCUAUCGUUCUGGAAUCUGUAAUAAAUCAACCCAAAUGUACAGAUGUUCCCCAGAUGAACUGUAGGACACGUUGCUGUCCAUGCGAACUCAGCACUAAGCACUGAUUUGGUGAUUUGCAAGCUAGUUAAAAAAUAAAUAUAUAUAUAUAUAACUGGGCCAAAGUUGGUUGAUAAGCUAAAGUUUCAUGUGUUUUCCAUUGUUGGGAUUUUUUCCUGUUUCUUAGCAUAGGAUGCUGCAUUCAUGUCAUAUAAAAGUCAUGGUAAUAACCAGUUUUAAUCUUGUAAUUAGCAAGCUCCUGAUAUCUGAUUUAAUGCAUCUAGUAUUCUGUCAGUGUACAAGUAUUUUUCAUCCCUCACAUAAACAGUCUUGUGUUGCUCAGAUGACAUGUGUGCUUCCUUUGUUUAGAUGGAACACUUUUCCAUUUUUACCAUGAAUCCCAGGUGAUUUGAACGCAGCAUCAAACCAUUUUAGUAUUUCUCAAGAACAAAGGUCAUGCAUUUUCUGCAGCAGAACUUGUUUAUUCCUCAAAGAAAGAGGUUUAAAGUGUUCAGAAAUAUAUAAAUGUUAAACACCUACAAAAAAAACACAAGCUGUUCGAGGAAGAUCGUAUGAUACGACUCAAAAAUUGGACCUUAUGGCUACAGUUCUGUUGCAAUGUUUAUAUUUCAAUGUGAAGCAGUAGUUGAAAUGCUGUUAAAAUUAUAUUUGGACUUAUUUGCAAGAAAUGUGAGGGCAUUAAAGUCUGUUUUCAGCAGCAUAGCAUAGUUCUCUUCCUUUAACCACAGGAGGGCGACGUUCACCACAUGAGCUCUUUUUAUGCUCUUUUUGCUUUUCCCUAUCAUAUAGAGCCUCGUAUAUUGUUGGUCAAAUGUAUAGAUCAAAUGUGUAACGUUUGGGGAAUAGUGCCAAACUGGCCUCUUUGUAAUAGAAAACCAUGUUUCCAUUGUUUGCACAGAGAUUGUCCUACAUUCUAAUGUCGCAUUUCUUCAUCACAAAGACAGAAGUUGUACAGAUUCCGUCCUUCACCUCAGCAGGUGAAUGUAUUGUCUUCUCUCUUGGAUUUCUUUUAGGAGAAAACCAGAUUUACCUUGACUUUGUUUUUUCUAUAAUGUUGUAAAAAACCAUGGAGACAUAAACCAGAUAAUGUACCACCUACCUGCAGAGAAUUAAAUGUCAAACUGCUUCUGUGCGUCACUGCUUAUUGUUGAGUGUGCUGGGAGAGCUGAGGGGGACAUGUUCUGAGUUAGUGGACUGAACGAAAUAAUUAGUUUUGAGGGUUUCUGGGGGGGUUUUGGUCACACAGAGCAGUAAUAUGAGUCAGAAGAACAGAAAAACCCUCCAGGCGAAGAUGAUCUCACACGUCUUGCCCAUCCUGCUUUCAACUUCAAUUUAAAUGUUGUUGUUUAUAUGCUUUUACUGCAGUCAUUGUUCUUCCCUGUUUGAUCCAGAAGCAUCUCCUUGUUCGACAGAUUAA